CAAGCUCUUCUCCUCCUCCUCCUCCUCCGCCGCCGCCGCCGCCGCAUCAUCGCCGUCGAAGCGUAGAGGGAGUAAGGGGAGGAUGGGGAGAGGAAGAGGGGUGAGCAGCGGGGGAGGGCAGAGCUCGCUGGGCUACCUCUUCGGCGGCGGCGAGACGGCUCCCGCGGCGAAGGCGAAGCCGGCUGCAGCGGCGGAGAAGGAGACUACGCCGGCGCCAGUGAAGAAGGCGGCGGUGGCGGCGGCGGCGUCGCCGUCGGCAGCGGAGAAGAUGAAGGAGAUCCCCGCGGGGAUACAAAGCACCCAGGCCAACAACUACUUCCGGGCGCAGGGCCAGAAUUGCGGCAACUUCCUCACGGAUCGGCCGUCAACCAAGGUGCACGCUGCUCCGGGCGGCGGCUCGUCGCUCGGCUACCUCUUCGGCGGCAAGUGAUGCGAAAAAAAAAGAAGAAAGAAUCCUCUGCUCGAGAAAUUUCUCUCUAGCAGAUAACGUGAUUAUUUUUAAACCUGCUUUUGUGUAGAUUGCCUGUGUAUUGUGUGUUGUGAUGUGUUCUUGUGUGAUUUGCAGCUACUUAAAAAAAAAACUUAACUAGUUCUGCAGGCUCUGAUGGCUGUAUCAGCCACUGGCAUAAAAUGCUCAGAUGGUGUUAAUUCUUCGAGUUAGUAUGCUUGGAAUGCAGUUGUAACUUGUAAACAUUUACAUGACCAUGUCUCUGUUUCCUUCAA